AUGUUUUCUGUUUGGGAGAAGUUCACCAGACAGUUCUGCAAAAAAGAGAGCUGUGAUCAUAAAUCUUCAUCAAAUCAGGGAUCCCCCGGUAAGAAGCUUCCUUGUUGUGUUUGUAAGGAGACGAAAGAGGCCAGAGAUCAGUGUAUUGCCAAGAACGGGCUGGAGAAAUGCAGGGAGUUUGUGGAGGCCCAUAACAGGUGCUUGAGGAGCGAAGGGUUCACCCCGCCCCUCGUGGAUAUGACCACCAUCUUGGACGCCGAGUUCGGGUCCGACGACGAGGACUCCGACUACGUGUUGAGCGAGACGUCCAGUGACAGUGACGACGAUGAAAAGUCUGAGCGUAAGUUGAAGCGGGAGGAGAAGAAGCGCAGGGAGCGCGAGAAGCUGCUCCAAAGGGUCAACGACAUGUUCACUGACAUGCUGAGGCAGAGCGACGUCUCCUACAAACAUCCUGAGUCCCGUGACAAGGACGACUUUAUGCUCCAGUUUCACAAGAAGGCUCCUCCCGAGUCCAAGAUCAGCAGCGUUAAGCAGUUCGAGAGCUACCUGGACAAGUCUUCCAGCCGCGUUUUUCCCGAGAACCUCCAGCUCGACAUCCGCGACUUCAAGAGCAGGUGCCACCAGACUCCGAACGCUGAGAAGCUGGAGAUGAUCAAAAACGCCGUUGCUGUCAAGGACGCCGACCCUGUCACUGUCAAAACCACCUACAAAUUCGCUGGAACCACCUAUGAGGUCAUGGAUAAGGUCGACAAGACUUCUCGUAAAUACUCCAACUACCUUAAGGUACUUUUCUUCCCCUUCUCACCUUUCUUCAGCAAAAGGAGAAGGAGCUUGGCGGCAACUUCAGCUUUUUGGAUGACCUUUACUCCAAACUCGGCCCUGCUCCCACUCUCUCUGCUGUUUCUAAGUCUGGUAUCGACUGGAACAAGUAUAAGGACGACCACAACUUGGAAUCCAGUCUUAAGCGCAACUACCACCAUCUCAAGGAGCAGGCUUUUCUGGAGCGCGCCACUUGGAACGAGUAUGAGCGCCAGCUCAGGGCUCGACGUCAGCAGUGACUCGACUAAUUUAAUCACUUUCUUUUACUCGUCAGCCAACUUUGCCCUGCUACCAUACACAUUUGAACCAUAA